AUGCAUCAGCAACAGUCUCUACAGCCUCAGGCGACUGGCUUUCCACCUCAGCAACAGUCGCUCCAGCCUCAAGCAACCAGCUUCCCUCCCCAGCAGCAGCAGCAGCAGCAGAACCAAUUCCAGGGUGGUCUCAUGCCCCAGUACACCGGCUUCCCUCCCCAGCAGCAACAACAGCAACCACCGCAACAGCAGCAGCAAUUCCAAUCGCCUCAGCCGACUGCCGCCCCCCAACAGCUACCUCAACCUACUGGUAUGACCUCGUCGCAGAUGGCCGACUCGUUCCGUUCCACUCCUGCUCGCCAGCAGCCCCAGCCUACCCAGACAUCAUCUGCUGUUGGCAACGAUCAAGCUCUGUCCGGCGACAAGGCCAAGGACCUUCUCCUUCGCUCAAAGCUCCCUGGUGACGCCUUGUCUCAGAUCUGGAUGCUCUCGGAUACCACAAAGUCUGGUCAAUUGCUCUUCCCAGAGUUUGCUUUGGCCAUGUACUUGUGCAACUUGAAGCUUACCGGAAAGGAUCUUCCUGCCCAGCUGCCCGAGAGAGUCACAAACGAGGUCUCUAGCAUGGUCGAUAUCAUCUCCUUCGGUGUUGCAGACGCACAGUCUACCUCGCAGCCAGCAAGCAAUGCUCCCAGCUUCCCUGAUCCUCAGCAGACUGGUUUUCAAUCGCAGCAGUUCCAGUCUCAACCUACUGGCUACAGGAUACACCGGACCUCGACCCCUAUGCCUCCCAUGCCGACCGGCUUUGGUCAAGGCCUGUCACCACAGCCCACUGGCUUCCCUAUGGCCCCUCUGAACGCUCAGCCCACUGGUCGUCCUGGACAGUGGGGUCUUGUUAAUGCCCCAGCUUCUGGCCUUCCCAAUCUACAAGCACUUCAGCAGCAAAUGAUGCCUCAGCCUGGUCGCGAGACUGGCUUCAGCACUGCUGGUCUCCGUGGCAACGCCACCGUCCCAUGGGCCAUCACCAAGGACGAGAAGAAGAUCUACGAUGACAUGUUCAAGGCCUGGGAUGGUUUAAGUAGAGGCGCAAUCAGCGGUGCCACCGCAAUCGAGAUCUUCGGCCAGAGUGGUCUUGAGAAGGAUGAUCUUGAGCGUAUCUGGACUCUGUCAGACCCUCACAACAGAGGCAAACUCAAUCUCGAUGAGUUCGCUGUGGCUAUGCAUUUGAUCUACCGCAGACUGAAUGGCUACCCUGUUCCAGCUAAGCUUCCUGCUGAGCUUGUACCUCCUUCCACUAGAAACAUCAACGAUGCUAUUGGAACCAUGAAGUCGCAUCUUUCGCAAGAUGCGCAAUCAAGAAGAACCACUGGCGCAUUCUUGCAGCCUCAGAAGACCGGUGUCAGCUACCUCAAGAACCACUCUUUCGCUGGCGCAGGUGCAAGCAUUGCUGGCCCUCGCAAGGAUGCCACAGUUUAUAAGAACAACGAUGAGGACGUUGGUUACCGCUCAUCUGCACGUCGCCGCACAGGCGAUACUGGUCGUACUGCCUCUCCUGCUCAGGAGAAGCCUGUCGAAGAGAUGUCAGUCGAUCAGUUGAAGAAGGCUAUCCGCGAAAAACAGGUUCUCCUUGACGCCAUGGACUUUGAAGAUGAGGGAAGAGCUGACGAGGAGGACGUGCUUGAUCGCAAAGAUCGUAAGGAAGCAGAUGAGCUUUACAGACGUAUCCGUCGCAUUCAAGAAGACAUUGAUGGACACCCGAAUUCUGGAUUCCGUACCACUGACUCGGGUGCUGAACGCAGAGCUCUGAAGAGGCAGCUCCAAACAUUAUCCGACCGCCUGCCCGAGUUGGCCAGUCACGUACGACGUUGCGAGAGAGCCAUUGCAGAUGCUCAGCUAGAGCUGUUCCGCCUCAAGGAUGCCAAGGCCAACCCUAGCUCAGCUCCUGCCGUUGUUGGUACUGGACCUGGAGGUGCUGUGACAGAAUCUGACCGUCUCAAGGCAAGAGCAAGGGCAAUGAUGCAGGCUCGUUCUGCCGCCCUCACAGGCAAACCUGCUCCCGCUGCCGCUUCGGGUGACGAUGGAGCAGGUGCUGCAAAGAGAUUGGAAGACGAGAGCAAUCGCGUCCGCCUCGAAAGAGAGGAGAAUGAGAGAAUGGUGCGUGAUGUCGAGGACUCGGUCACUGAAUUUAGCAGAACCAUCGAGUCGAGCCUGAAGGAAGGUUCUGAAGAUGUUGCGACCGAGCACGAGAGAAGAAGAUGGGAAGACGGACUCGGUGUUGAGGACGAGGUGAAGGAUUUCAUUUUUGACAUGCAAAGAAGCAGCAGAACUGCUCGCAUCAGGAAGGAUGAAACUCCCAACACCCGCGAACGUGUCGCAUCGCCACGUACCGAAGAGGUUGGCCGUAGCAGUAGCGCUCGUGUCGAGAGCCCUGCUGCUAGAAGCGAGACGCCUCGUGGAGGUUCCUAUAACACCUACAAGACCGCAGAGGAUCGCGCCGCCUUUAUCAAGCAGCAAGCUGAGCAGCGCAUGGCCGAACGUCUUGCUGCGUUGGGUAUCAGAGCACCCGUCAAGCCCGGCGAGUCCGCACAACAGCGCUCAGAACGGGAGCGCAAGGAACGUGAAGAUCGCUUGCGCCAGGCGGAGCAGGACGAUGCCCGUAGAGAGGAAGAGAGACAACAGAGACUGGCUGGAGAAAGUAUUGCGCCUCCUACUGUUGAGAAGCCUCUUGGCAAGAAGGCCCCGCCCGCCCCUGCACCUCGCAAGAACCGUGGCGACUCUGUUGGCAAGCAGGAAGAGCAGCAAGCUAAGGCUGAAGCGCAGAGAUUUGAGCAACAACAAAUGGAGCAAGCAAUCAAAGAGCAACAAUCAGCCCAAGCAUCGGAGACCAGAGAACUUGAGGAUGAGGAGCGUCGCCAAGAGGAAGAGCUUCGCAAGGAGCGUGAGGCUGCUGCCGAACGCUUGCGUGCACUUGAGGAGCAGGUCCGUCAAGGCAAACUCAAGAAGGCAGAAGAAAAGAAGAAGAGACAGGCAGCUUCCAAGGACGCCGAAGAGAAGGAAGCGCGUCUCAAGUCUCAACGCGAUGCUCAGCGUGCAGAAAUUGAAGCUGCAAAGAGAGAGAGCGCCAAUGAGGAUGACGGACCACAGACCAUCACUCCCAUGGAAAGCACACCCGCUGCCAGCCAAGAGCUUCCUAGGGAAGUGUCGCCCGCCCCUCCUGUUGAAGCCGCACCUGCGCCGCCGAGCGCUCCUGCUCCGCCAGUGCCCACUACCGUCGUCAGCCCUCCUGAGGAAUCGAAGAAUCCAUUCUUUAGAAGCAUGAACCAACCCGCAGCUCCUUCUGCACCAAUCGCAUCACCUGCUGCCGCUGAUGCCGCCUCGACCAACCCCUUCCACCGUUUCACCCAGCAAGACACCAACAAGACCGUCUUGCCCGAGCCCGCUGCACAAUCAUCCCGUCGCACCGCGAAGCCAGCAGAUGAUGAUGACUGGUCUGUUGUCGACUCUGAGUCUUCUGAUGAGGACGACGAUGGACCCACAGGUGGUAGCGCCAAACAGCUUGCCUCGAUGCUUUUCGGAACCAUGGCACCACCACGCCCACUGUCAGCCAUGGAGACCGGCUCGCCUGCUUCUGCCUCACCCGCGCCUCCUGCCGCAUUGCCGCCGCUUCCUCCACCAACACCCGAUGUCCCUCCCCCACCGCCAAUGCCAGAAGGCGGUGUCGUGCCUCCUGCUCCCCCACCGCCGCCACCAAUGCCUACCACCGGCGCACCACCUCCGCCUCCCAUGCCAACGACUGGCGCUCCUCCACCACCACCUAUGCCUUCGGGCGGCGCACCGCCACCUCCUCCCAUGCCCUCUGCACCAGCAGCUGGUCGCGGUGGCGCACCUAACAUUUCUGGUCUGUUGGGAGAAAUCCAGCUGGGCAAGGGACUCAAAAAGACAGUCACGAAGGAUAGGAGUACUUCGUCCACUGCCGGUCGUGUCUUAGGUUAG